AACAGAUUCUGACGUUACUGUUACCUGGUUCACAGCUAUGAGUCGGUUUUCACUAAUGCUUGUUGACCACUGACUUCAACUCCAACUGGAUGCAUUAUGCAAGCCGAAUCUACCCACGCCUAACUUUCAAAUGCUCCCAAAUUAUAGUCAACGAAAGAUGUAAUGCAGUGGUAAUUUAUCAUUUACAGGGAAUUCUCAAUACGCAUUUCGUUUAGAGCAACUGAAGCAUUAUCCUUUUUGAUCAAAAUUAAAACAUAUGACUGACUUUGAGAGAAACAAGCGUUCUAUUGCAUCAUGGGCAAUAGCAUUGGUUUUUUUAGUGGUUGCUAUCACUACACUUAGCAUAUUCUUGGACAAGGCAGACGACGAAAUUUGCAGGUGGGGAAAAAGAGGAUAUUUGGAAUAUGGAUUGGUUGCCACUAUCACCACAAUGAUUUGUUUGGUUGUCAUGAUCAUGAUAAAUGUAUUCAAAAAUUUAAAAGCGACGGUUUAUUUCAGCACGGUUUUUUUGGCCAUUUUGCUGUUCGCAGCUGGUGUUGUUUUAGCAGUCACGUAUUCUAGCUACAAUAAUGACAAGAUGAAUACACCAAAAGCAAACACUUCAUUUUGUGACUGGCUCCAAAAGACAGAUAAUUAUGUCAGUUGUACUUAUCUUAUUGUUGCUUCCGUGUUUUCUUUCCUUGCUGCUGUUGUUUUAAUUGUCGAGUUUUGCUUAACUCGAUACAUUGCAUUCGUAUGUGUCCCAUGUAUGUUGUACGAGGAAGAAAACUGAAAGUUCAAGUGAAAAGCGCAAGCCUUUCUACCAAUUAACAGUUAAAUAACAAUAAUAGACAAAAAAGUUAAAUUUGUACAUUCCUUGAUGCUCACGAUUAAUAGUUGUAAAAUUGUUAAGUCACAACAAAAACCAAAAUGGGACAUUACCGCCCUGAAACAGACCAUUUGAGUGGUAGAAAAUCAUCAUACAAUAGCAUGUCGUAUGUAAAGUUAAGAAUUAGUUCUUAUAGCAUUUUAUAUACCAGCAAUUGAAUGAAGACUUAUGUAAUCGGAUAGUAGUCACGUCCGUUUUAUACGAAGAGUGCAUUGCAUUUUGUGUCCAUACUUUUACCAGAAAUGUAUUUCAUAAGCUAAAUUUAUAAAUUUUGCCUGCUAUCUUUAGAUCUGCUGCCUUGCUAACUCACUGCGACAACAAAUAUAGAAGCUUAUUCUUGUAUA